AUGCGACGCACGUCGGACGAAGGUGCCCGAGUGGUCGAAGAUACGUGGUUUGCUCGGUAUCCUCGACCCAAGAAAGUGGUUACGGACAACGGUCCGGAGUUCAAACUGGAAUUCAUUGCGAUGGUGAAAAAGAAUGGUGCAGUGCAUCGCUACUCGUCCCCUCGUAAUCCACAAUGUAACUCGAUGAUUGAACAGACUCAUCAGGCAAUUGGACAAGUAUUGCGAACCAUUUUGGUCUCGCGCGAUCCCAAGAGUGUUUCUGAUGGAAUCAAGGUCAUUUCCGAAACCUUGUCGACAGCGAUGCAUGCUCUUCGUUGUUCCGUGCAGAGUGCGAAUGCGUAUCUCACUCCUGGUUCUCUUGCCUUCAAACGAGUUAUGUUUCUUGACAUUCCUUUUUAUGCAGACAUCCUGGCCAUGCAAUGA